AUGGCACCAAAGCGAGACCGCCUUUGUCGUCGCGCCGCCGCCGGGGCCAGCACGCCUCUGCCGACACCAUCGGCGGACGUCUUCUUCGAGAUCCUGUCAUGGCUGCCGCUCAGGUCCCUGCUCCGGUGCCGGUGUGUGUGCAGGUCAUGGCGCGCCCUCAUCUCCAACCCGGCCUUCGUCGCCGCGCACAGGUCCCGCGCCCAGCCGCUCCUGGUCGCCGCGACCAAGGACCCCAUGUCAUGGGUCAAUUCAACCCUUGAGAUCAUGGACGCGGAAGGCGAUGCCGUGCGCCGCAUUGUCUACCUGGGCGUUCACUGGAAGUUCCUCGCGAGCCUCGACAGCUUCGUCCUCCUCACCUCCCGUCAGGACAGCUAUCACUCCUCCGCGUACCCUACCGUGCGCGUCAUCAAUCUGGUGACGGGUGAGACGGUCGCGACCUGCUCGAUACCGGUCGACUGGCCAGCGGGCCGUGGCUCUAGACUCCCCACAUGGUUCGGCUUCGGUCGCGCUGCCCGGUCCGGCGCUCUCAAGGUCGUCUGUAUCGUCUUCCCUGAGCGUUUGACAUGCGAGGUCCUCACGUUAGGAGACAAUGGCAGCUCCGAGUGGAGGAAGACGACGCCGCCCUCGGGUAUGAUAUGUGACUCCAGUGACGGAGUAGAGGUUAACGGUGCAUUGCACUUUCUCUCCAUAUUUCAGACCCACAUUCUCGGCUUCGAUCUAGAGAGCGAGGAGUGGACGACCAUCCACGGACCGUCAGGAAUUAUUCCAACUCCAUGGGAGAAAAUCGGCUUGGCCGAGCUCAACGGCUCCCUGUGCAUCGCUCGUGCAAAGCGUAACACGGUUAACCUAUGGCUCCUGCUCGACGUUAAUAAGGCUGUUUGGAUCAACACGUACACGAUCAAGGUGGGUCAUGUCGUGGAUCUUGUGCCUCUCAGGGUGAUGUGUCCUGGUGGAAAGCUGCUCUUUUAUUACCGUCGUGGCCGCGAAUCGAUUUUACAAGUAUAUGAUCCUCGCACAGGGAAACUGGAAAAGGCACCUACCAACAUCGUGGGCAGAAUUGGCCUUUGCAGCUCGCACUUGGAUCGUCGAUUACGUGUGGAGAGUCUCGCAUAUGUGGAUUCUCAUAUGACUCCUACUGAUAUCACCUCCUUCGCCUCGUCCUCCUCCUCCUCCUCUUCCUCGUCUUCCGAUGACGUGGAGCGAGACAAGAUUGAGCAAUGCAAUGAGUGA